UAUUAGCUACACAUUCACAGCAUUUAAAGCUUGCAUCUCUGUUGGGGAAGCUGGUUCUGCAUAACUUGUCCUGCCGUGGUCAUGGACAAGGAAUAUUACACCGGUGGAGGAGACUGGGACCCAUCGGACGACGCUCCGGAGGAUGGUUACGGGGAUGGAGAAAAUGAUGGGAAAACCCAGGAGGAUUGUCUGCAAAAAUUUUCCAGCAGAGAUUACAUCAUGGAGCCUGCAAUAUUCAACACACUCAAAAUGUAUUUCCAAGCGGGUGGAUCUCCAGAACAUGUCAUCCAGCUUCUCUCUGAAAACUACUCUGCUGUUGCUCAGACUGUUAAUCUGCUGGCUGAGUGGCUCAUUCAGAUGGGUGUGGAGCCUGCUCAGGUCCAGGAGCGAGUAGAAAAUCACCUCAAAAGUCUCUUGAUAAAGCACUUUGAUCCCCAAAAAGCAGAUUCCAUCUUCACUGUUGAGGGAGAGACUCCUGCUUGGCUCGAGCAGAUGAUAGCACACACAACCUGGAGGGAUCUCUUCUAUAAGCUGGCGGAGGCUCACCCAGAUUGUUUGAUGCUCAACUUCACUGUAAAGCUUAUUUCAGAUGCUGGUUACCAAGGAGAGAUCACCAGUGUGUCUACAGCAUGUCAGCAGCUGGAGGUUUUUUCCAGGGUGCUGAGGACAUCUUUGGCUACAUUACUUGAUGGUGGAGAGGAAAACCUAGAGAAGACGCUACCAGAGUUUGCUAAAAUGGUGUGUCAUGGAGAGCACACGUACCUUUUUGCCCAGGCAAUGAUGUCCAUCCUCGCUCAGGAGGAACAGGGCGGUUCAGCUGUUCGCAGGAUUGGCCAGGAGGUGCAGAAGUCUGCACACGAGAGAGGUCACGAUGCCAGCCAGAUAACCCUCGCGCUCGGUACAGCAGCUGCCUACCCUCGAGCCUGCCAGGCGCUUGGUGCCAUGUUAUCCAAAGGAGCCCUGAAUCCUGCCGAUAUCACAGUUCUCUUCAAGAUGUUCAGCAGCAUGGACCCUCCUCCCGUUGAGCUGAUCAGAGUGCCUGCCUUCCUUGACCUGUUCAUGCAGUCGCUGUUUAAACCUGGAUCAAAAAUCAACCAGGACCAUAAACAUAAAUACAUCCAUAUCUUGGCCUAUGCUGCCAGUGUGGUGGAGACAUGGAAAAAGAACAAGCGGGUCAACAUCAAUAAAGAUGAGCUGAAGUCAACCUCUAAAGCCAUAGAGACUGUUCACAACCUCUGCUGCAACGAGAACAAAGGAGCUACGGAGUUGGUGGCUGAACUCGGCACCCUGUAUCAGUGUAUCCGGUUUCCAGUGGUUGCUAUGGGAGUUUUGAAGUGGGUGGACUGGACAGUGUCAGAGCCGCGCUACUUCCAGCUCCAGACAGAUCAUACUCCGGUCCAUUUAGCGUUACUAGAUGAGAUCUGUACGUGCCACCAACUUCUGCAUCCACAGGUCCUCCAACUGCUCAUAAAGCUCUUCGAGACGGAGCACUCUCAGCUGGACGUCAUGGAGCAGCUGGAGCUGAAGAAGACUCUGCUGGACCGAAUGGUUCAUCUGCUGAGCCGUGGCUAUGUUUUGCCGGUCGUCGGCUACAUUCGGAAGUGUCUGGAGAAACUUAAUACGGAUAUCUCCCUCAUAAGAUACUUUGUCACUGAGGUGCUGGACGUGAUAGCGCCUCCCUACACUUCAGAUUUUGUGCAGCUCUUCUUGCCCAUCCUAGAGAACGACAGCAUCGCAGGAACAAUCCGCACAGAGGGAGAACAUGACACGGUGGCUGAGUUUAUUGCACAUUGCAAGUCAAAUUUCAUCAUGAUUAACUGACAUGGAAAGGACGCUGAGCAUGUUCAUUGUGGGAGACAACCCAAAGAAGACGGAGGAUGAAAUCUGCUCGAUCCUGACGUAAACCUUUUUGAAGUACCUGAAAGUUAACUGUUCCUCUGUUGAAAUUAAACAGCAGCACAGUUACAAAACAAAGACUGGUCAAUGGAGAGGCUUUUGAUGAUGAUUUUAAAUAUUAUUUUCUCAUGUACAUUUAAUUUUAUACUGCUUAAUGCUGUUAAAUAAAAGCUUUCAG